UAUGUUAAUGUCAACAAAUUCAAAAUUAAAUAUUAGAAACAUUACAGAGGAAUCAGCAUAAAGGGUGCUCUAUUUUUUUUAUCUAUAGAAAAAUGCUACAAAUCCGAAAUACAUCAAAAUAUAACUAUGUCAAGGUUUUUGUACGAAAAUGUUUUGAAAUAUGUUCUGUAUUAGGAGCAGUAGCAAUAUUCAUUGUUAUUUUAUUAUUAAUAGCCACAUUCGUUCUAAAAUCGACAGGAAAUGUUCAGAUUAUAUACAUUGAACGAAACAAACCAUACUUGAGUAAAACAAAUUCAAAAUUUCUUAGUAUUGGCUUAGAUACUUCUGUUAUUGCAGAAGAUUUUUACAACUUUAAUACAACAGACGUUAAAUUACAAAAAAUGGUAAAAUAUCUUCAACCAGCUUAUUUGAGAAUAGGUGGUAAUUUAGCAGACAAGUUAGUUUUCAACCCAAAUUUAAAAGAGGUUGAUAAACAUGUAAAGAGAUUUUACAGAGGAAUAUCCCAUAUUUAUAAUUUUUUAGACCUUCGUUCUCUUCCAAAUUACGUAAUGACUGGUACGCAAUGGUUGGAACUAACGAAAUUCGCUCAACAAACCAAUAUGGAAGUGUUGUUUGAUCUUAAUUCAUUAAGGAGAUUUGAUAACGGCUCUUGGGACUACACAAAUGCAGAGUCGCUAAUCAAAUUUUCAAAUAAACAUAGUCUAAAAUUAAACUGGGAACUAGGAAAUGAACCAAACUCUUUCCGUCACAAAUUUAACCAGGAGGUAAAUGCAACACAGAUGGCCAAAGAUUUUGCUGUUUUAAGACAUAUCCUGAGAAAAUAUGAAACAUAUAAGAAUUCUUUGCUCGUUGGACCAGACACCACGAGACCCAGAGUAAAACAUCAAGAAAGUAAAAUUUAUUUGCAAGAUUUUCUGCAAAAUGCAGCAAAUGUAAUCGAUGCCAUAACUUGGCAUCAAUAUUAUAUCAACGGACGUACGGCUAAGGCUGAAGACUUUUUAAACCCUAUAGUGUUUGAUUAUCUAAAAAAACAAAUAGAUACUGUUAAGAACAUUACAAAGGAUUUGGAUAUACAAAAUAAACCUAUUUGGCUUGGAGAAACAUCAUCAGCGUAUGGAGGAGGAGCUCCAAAUUUGUCAAACACGUUUAUCGGCACGUUCAUGUGGGUCGACAAAUUGGGACUCUCUGCCAAAAUGGGAAUUAAUGUUGUUGUCAGACAGUCUAUUUUUAAGGGGUAUUACGCGCUUCUGGACGAUGACUACAAUCCGAAUCCCGACUGGUGGAUAAGUAUAAUCUAUAAAAAACUUAUAGGCAUGCGAGUUGUUCCUAAUUAUACGUCUUGUUCUCCAAAGGUUAGAUUGUACUGCCACUGUACAAAGAAAUCUGCUUUUCCGUCUCUUCAACCGUCGGUUACAGUUUUUGGAGUAAAUAUGGAUAAAGCUACUGCACAUGUCAGGAUCGAAGGACUGCUUCCAUUGAACAUGGAGGCAAAGUCAUUAUCAACAGUUUACGCUUUCGAACUGACUUCUGAUACGUUAAUGUGUUCAAAAGGUGUUAGGCUUAAUGGAAAGCUUUUAAAAAUGUCCAAGGACAACAACUUACCAGAACUCGUGCCAAAGACGGUAGAUGCCAGAUCAUUUGUAACCAUGCCGCCUUUUUCUGUUGUUUUUUGGGUUAUACCUGCUCCUCGUGUUAACGCUUGUUUGUAAUUAAAUCGCGUUGUGUAUUUUCUACUAGUCAAAUCUAUGUGUGCUAUUUUUGUAACAUAACUCGUGCCGAAUAUAUUAUAUACUCAUCAAGAA